AUGGCAAGCGGCAAGCUUUCCCUGCUUGAAAUUCUGGACAUUCCUGUGGGCUUCGUCCACGCCAGUGAGCAUUUACUCGCCCGCCCGGUCUACAGCCAGCUAAUAUUGCUCUACAGUAUUUGGGACCUUGUUAGCAGCGGCAUUUUCGCCGUUUCGAGGCCCGAAUACACCAAAGACUCUGAAGCGUCACCUUCUCUUGACAGUGACCAGAAAGGUCUUUACACGUUUGUCGCCCGAGCAAUUACAGUAGGAACCACCGAGUCAAAUUACCUCGCAUGGACCAAGAAAGAGCACUUGAGCCCCGGCAGUGUGUCCUUAUCGUGUGCCAACACGAAAGCCUUCUGGUUCGGUGAUCAGAAAGCCGACAAUAUCGUCUUAUACUAUCAUGGCGGUGGCUUUGGCAUGCCGGGAGGGGAUGGCCAUUUCACCUUCAUCAAUUCGCUGAUCAUGAAAGCCGCGACCGCGGGAAAAUCAGUUGGCGUGCUGAUGCUUCAGUACGACCUUGCCCCGGGCGGGCAAUACCCACGACAGCUCGAGCAAGCCGUUGAACUCUUACGCUAUGCGAUAGUCAAUUUGCACAAAUCUCCCGAACAUAUCUCUCUCAUGGGCGAUUCGGCCGGCGGCAAUCUGAUCUUCGGCAUACUUUCCCACCUAAUGCAUCCGCAUCCCUCCAUCGAGCCCGUCAAGCUAUCGACACCACUAAAGACUGCAUUGAUCAGCAGCCCUGUCACUGUUCUCAACGCAAAGAACGACAGGUUCCACACUCACGAAGGUCAGGAUCCAGCAUCAGCGGCCACGAUCGAGGUGUGGCUGCAGAACAUGCUGGGUCCAAGCAAGGCAGACGCAUGGAAUGAGCCGCUCAGCGCUGACGCGGAGUGGUGGACUGGAUUGGAUAACGUGGUGAAGGAAGUGUUAGUAACGGUGUCAAAGGUUGAGAUGAUGGCAGCGGAAACGAGUGCGUGUGCGGCGAAGAUUCAGACGGUAUACAGCGGUCUUACGCUUUUCGAAUCCGAAGUCGACUUCCAUGCGGAGCCGGCGAUUGGCCCUGCGCUCGGCAUGGAAGAAGGAGAGACUGCGAAGCUCAUGAUUGAAUGGGCUUUGGCGCGAGUUUGA